AUGGAGAAUAUGUUCCCCGUGAUUGGCUUGUUUGGAGCAAAGUUAAACAAUCGAUAUUUUGUUUUUCUUUGUCGCCUUUUUAGCAAACGACCAACAGCAAGUCGCUCACGUUUAACAGCUAUAUCUUGGUAUUGUUUUCAAAGAAAAUGGAAAAAGUUACAUGACAAAAUUCCAGAGCAUCAAAACAGCAGCAACCAUAAAUAUUUUUAUAUUAAAUGGCGGCUAUUGGAAAAAAGUAUUGACUCUAAUUCCACUGUCGAUAUUAUGUUGCUGCAGACCAUUAAGAAUCAAGCAUCACAAUGGAAACAGGUUCUUCGCCAAAUUUUAGAUGUCACAUUGUUUCUAGCCGAACGAGGUUUGGGAUUUAGAGAAACAAGUGAUUUACUUGGAGUUGCAGCAAAUGGCAAUUUUUUGGGCAUUUUAGAGCUCUUGAGCUAUUAUGAUUCUGUCUUGAAAGACCAUCUGAACAAAAUGAUGAAGUCGCAAAAAUUGAAGAGAAGGCAACUAGCAAAUUACCUUUCACCGGAAAUACAAAAUGAGUUUGUAGAGUGUUGUGCCAAAAAAGUAUUAGAUGUUAUUCUAAGUGAACGAGAAGCAGCAAAAUAUUACUCAAUACUUGUUGAUGCAACCCCUGAUUCAGCACAUAUGGAACAAACUGUAUUUAUAUUGCGCUAUGUUUAUUUAAAUGAAGAAAAUACGAAGUUCAAGAGCGAUUUCUAG